CUGACAGAAGAGACCAGCACAGGACUGGACAUGGACCACAGACUGAGGAUCAUCUGGAUGUCCUUCUGGGUCAGAGUGUGUCUCCUCUUCACCUCCUCUUUACCUGCUGCAGGAGUUCAGAUCAGACUGGUUGGUCCUGGUUCUACUCGGUGCUCUGGUAGGGUUGAGGUCUUCCAUGGUGGUACCUGGGGAACAGUCUGUGAUGAUGGAUGGGACUUAAAUGAUGCUCAGGUGGUUUGUAAACAGCUGAACUGUGGGACGGCGCUGAGUGCCCCAGGCUCCGCCCACUUCGGUCGAGGUUCUGGUCCAAUCUGGCUCGAUGAUGUGGACUGUUCAGGAAGUGAGAGUUCUCUGACUGAGUGUCCACACCCAGGAUUUGGAACAGAGGACUGUGAACACGAUGAGGACGCUGGUGUCAUUUGUUCAGAUCACAUCAGACUGGUUGGUUCUGGUUCUACUCGGUGCUCUGGUAGGGUUGAGGUCUUCCAUGGUGGUACCUGGGGAACAGUCUGUGAUGAUGGAUGGGACUUAAAUGAUGCUCAGGUGGUUUGUAGACAGAUGAACUGUGGGACAGCAGUGAGUGCCCCAGGCUCCGCCCACUUUGGUCCAGGUUCUGGUCCAAUCUGGCUCGAUGAUGUGGCCUGUUCAGGAAGUGAGAGUUCUCUGACUGAGUGUCCACACCCAGGAUUUGGAACAGAGGACUGUGCACAUGAUGAGGACGCUGGUGUCAUUUGUUCAGCUUUUCAGAUCAGACUGGUUGGUCCUGGUUCUACUCGGUGCUCUGGUAGGGUUGAGGUCUUCCAUGGUGGUACCUGGGGAACAGUCUGUGAUGAUGGAUGGGACUUAAAUGAUGCUCAGGUGGUUUGUAAACAGCUGAACUGUGGGACGGCGCUGAGAGCCCCAGGCUCCGCCCACUUUGGUCACGGUUCUGGUCGAAUCUGGCUCGAUGAUGUGGCCUGUUCAGGAAAUGAGAGUUCUCUGACUGAGUGUCCACACCCAGGAUUUGGAACAGAGGACUGUGAACACCGUGAGGACGCUGGUGUCAUUUGUUCAGAUCACAUCAGACUGGUUGGUCCUGGUUCUACUCGGUGCUCUGGUAGGGUUGAGGUCUUCCAUGGUGGUACCUGGGGAACAGUCUGUGAUGAUGGAUGGGACUUAAAUGAUGCUCAGGUGGUUUGUAGACAGAUGAACUGUGGGACAGCAGUGAGUGCCCCAGGCUCCGCCCACUUUGGUCCAGGUUCUGGUCCAAUCUGGCUCGAUGAUGUGGCCUGUUCAGGAAAUGAGAGUUCUCUGACUGAGUGUCCACACCCAGGAUUUGGAACAGAGGACUGUGCACAUGAUGAGGACGCUGGUGUCAUUUGUUCAGGAGCUGAGAGGAGAAAACCUGUCCAGUAA